AUGGCCCACAACUACAACCUCCAGCAGCUCCGCCAUUUUGACUUCAGCACCGUCAUGGAGGCGAUCACCGACGAGUCCAAGGCAGUCGCGUGGGCCAUGGAGGUGGGGCUGCUGGAGCGGUCGAUGCUCUGCCCUCAGUGCGCUCAGCCCAUGCGGCUGAACGCGCGCAAGCGCUACUGGCGGUGCUGCAGGAAGACCCGCCACGCCGAUGGGAGAGCUCUGCUUGGGGAGAGCCGAGAUCGUGGUUUUUUCCAACGGGGGUCUCUCCUGCGGCACCCACAGCAGGAGGAGUAA